UAAGGAAACAGGAACACUUGGAAAGGGAAUCCCUGCGAGUGCUCUGACCUCUUUGCCAGCACAGAGCCUGGCCUGACCUGCAGGGACAGCCUGCGGGGGACCCCACCCUGCACCAGGGAGAGCCAGCCCAGAGAAACGAAGGACAAACUGAGUAUAGGAGAGAGUAUGUGCUCCUUGAAGAGACGCACUGGAGAGGACAUCUCUUCGUGAACAUGUGAGAAACCGAAUAAACAGAACUUGACUGGGAUGUAAAACAGCAGAGCCGUCUGGGGAAGGUAUCAAGAGACCUAACGGGCUAAUCAUGUUCAGGACAUUUAAUCUUCAGCUAUGCCUUGUUUAUGCCAGUUGGAGUGGCAUAAGCCAUAAAAACAGACUCCACACCCAGGACGGCAGGAUGGCAUCCCCACAGUCCUCCCCUGGCUCCCCCCACCCCCAGCCCCCAACGGAAGCUGGGAGUGCCGCAGCCGUCCUCCGCGUGGCAUUUUCUGGGCAUUGGAUGUGGGUCUCUUGGAAUCAGGCCGCCACAGCAUAAUGGAAAUAGCCCUGGUCUGAAAGUCGGGACGCCUGAGUUCUAUUUUCAUCCCAGCCCCCCCCCCCCCGACCGUAUGACCUUGGGCGGGCACUCGACUGUAAAAUAAAGAAAGUAGCCACCCCCCCCCCCCCCCCCCCGUCCUCCCCCCAUGGUUGUGAGGAGGCGUGGUUGUGACCGAGCGUCAGCUGACUCUGGAGACUCGUGCGCUCACCAGCAAUCCCCGGGCUGUCGUGAGCCCCAGUGUCCGAGGCUCACCCACUUUUGCCCCAACGUCAGGACCCGUCAGAUCCCCUUCUCUUGACUUUGUGUGCGUCCUUCCCUUGUUCGUCUGCGCACUCUGAAGCAGGGUUCCUUGAGCGCUGAGGGUGUAAGUGAAGUCUCCUUCCAGACAGGCUGUGACUGAAUUUACUCACCUUUAACAAUAACCCAGUCAGACGGACAGACACCCAGAGCGGGGGGUAGGGUGGAAGCCGGUCUAAACCAGUGGCUAAAAGCCUAUACCCACAACUCCGACUGGGGGCACCUGAAGACCCACUGACCUUGGAAGAAUUUCCAGGGUUCGAAUCCCUAAAGUCUGAGGGCUUGGGUACGCGUGCCCUCUCGGUGACUCACGCUAAACUCAAGUCCAUCAUCGUUGUGUCGACGGCGCACAGACUGUUUCACUUAGCGUACUUCCUGAGAAGAGUACAGUGCACGAGUGCGCGGUUCAGGAGAGGGAGGAGAAAACUGAAAAUAGAGAUGGGCAAAAAGGCAAUAGAGAACCCUGGCCCUACCACUUGGGCAGCAGGAAGACGUUCGCCACGUGGUAUGAGAUGAGAAACAGACUGAAGACCUCUGGGCUCCACUGCUCAAGCUAAUGUCUGUUCUUUGCUUGAGCUCACUAAUCCACAAAACUCACACCACAGUCUUAACUUACAUGGCCAGUAAUUUACAAAACUGUAUUAUCUUAAUUUCUGGCCGCUGUACACUUAGUGAGACGCACAAGAUAUGCACAGUUCCACGGUGGGACCCUGCCUCUGUAACUGCCACAUCUACCGAUGUCUCUCUUUCCAUUAAAGCUCCUCGGCCUGUCCAAAUCAGGGUUUUAAUUUGGAUGAUGGAGGCUGUAUUCGUUGCUCAUCACACACACCUGCUGUCUCUAUCUUCUCUCUUACUUUCCUGCUUCCUGAUAUUUUAGCCCAUCUGCAUUGUUCUUUCAUCAAGGAAAGAACAGGAAGCAAACCUGCAGACUCACAGCCCCCCGCCGCAUCUGAGUGUCUGCGCUCAGACCAGUCACGGCGAGACAGAGAGGCCGGGCUCGCCAAGGAAGCAAAGCAAGAGAGACGGCAGCCACUGAAGUCCAGAAUGAGUCUGCAGCACCUCUGAGAAGACAAUGUAUGUCAAAGGAAAAGCGGACUGUAACUAAGAGAAAGAAAAACAGGUUCUAACCCACGGCACUGUAUUUUCUAUGUGAAAGGAGUAUGGGCUUUCCAGGAAAUAAGUCAGUCGUGUCCUGUAGGAGCAAAUGUUCCAUCUUCUACUUCUGUGCCUUUGGGGCAGGGACAGAACUCAUCCGAUGUUUAGCUGGAAAAUGAUCCCUUGGAAAGAAGACUGCAUUUCCCACCCUCUUUGAGGCUGAACUUGGCCAUCUCACCGCCUUCUGGGCAGCGAGCUCUAAGAGCAAGGGGUGUGUGUAACUUCUGCGAAGUAUCUUCUGGAAAGCGGGAGCAUGCCUUCCCUUUCUGCUUCCUGCUGGGUGGAACGUGGGUGCCAGCAUGGGAAUGGGAGGCGGAAUGACCCUGGUUCAGCGAAUCCCAUGCCAGAUGAGAUCCUGCUGAACUCCUGACUGUUGCUACGACGAAGAAAAACAACCGUAUCUGGUUUAAAGCACUGGGAUUUUGGAUUUGGGCACCACAGCUCAACCUACUCCUUCGUGUUACAGCCCUACAACUUGUGGAAGAAUUCCUUGCACUCUCUAGCAGUUAGGAUUGCCACAGUUAUGGUCAUUGACUAAGAUAUGUUGGGGAUGUUUCUUUCUUCAGAUUUGGAGAUUUUGGUUUUGGAGCUUCAAGGAUAUAUGUGAGAGAGAGCACUGGCCUAUGAUUCCCCUUAACAGGGGCCUGAAGCAGCCCGUGGGAAACACGUAUGCAUAUUCUGACGCAUGUCAUAGAAUAAGAUGUAUAUAAUACAUAAUUUUAUAUAUUCACACACACAUAAAUAUGGGGCAGCGUCUACAUAAUGGUAAGUAGAAGCAGAGCAAACGCCACUCGGCCCAGGUUGCAGGGAGCCAGGAUUCAAGCAGAAGCACUACUACUAGCUGGUGGGCGUAGGAAUUGGUAAGACUGUGUGGAACCGAACCGCCAAUACCUACCACCACUUAAAAGUGUUUAUUUUCUCUUAUAUAGCAAUUCCAUUAUUACUUGGGGAUCUACGGGAAGAAUGUGGACAAAGAGCGAUGCCCCAAAUUUCCCCGUAGCCUGGGUAUGGGGAACCAGUACCCCUGCCUGUCGCGACGCGUCCGGGCAGUUAACCGUGUGCUCUGCACCAGCCGGUUUCCCCGGGCAGGAGCUUCCCGGAGCCGAGUGUGGCCUCGACACCCAGCGCGGCAGAUGCGGGGUGACGCAGCGCCUGCCCCCACCCAGGCCCGCGUCCGCCCCUCAAGCGGGUGUGCCCGCGGGGCCGAAGGAGCUCUCGGCGGAAGGAGGCCGAGCCGGCCAGGACGCCGUGGGUGCGGGAAAGCAGCUGACCGCGGCGCCGCCGCCUCGCCUGGGGAGACGCCCGGGGCCGGGCCGGGGACGCGCGCCUGGCCUGGAGGGUCCGCGCCUGGCCUGGAGGGUGCGCGCCUGGCCUGGAGGGUCCGCGCCUGGCCUGGAGGGUGCGCGCCUGGCCUGGAGGGUCCGCGCCUGGCCUGGAGGGUCCGGGUCGGACCGGGCCGCGCGGGAGACGCCCGCAGGCCGCGUGGGCGCCGGCAGCUCCCGUGGCGGGCAGGUGCUGCCCUCCGGUGGCCGCUCGGGGAACCGGGCGGGGCCGGAGGGGCAGGGGCGAAGGUCCCCGAGCCGCCGGGAGGAGGGAGCGCGGCGGGCGGUUCUGGCGCGCGGCGGGGCUGUGCGGCGCGGCCCGAGCUCGGAGGAGUAA